AUGAAGGAGAUCUCACGGUGGUCAGCUUCCAAAGAGGUCGUCUCCUUGUGGUCGGCUUAUAAGGAGUGGGAUCUUGUUGGCCUGGCUAACAUCUCUCUCGAUCUAACAUUGCGCAAUGCUACGGACACACAUGCAUUCAUUUCUCACUUGUUGGAAAAUGCCACCGACCCUGCUAUGAAGAAAUGGCUUAACAGUUGCCAGAAAAAUUACGACUAUGCGCUUGCUGGGAUCAGAGAUACAUUCAGGGACAUUGCUUCUAAGGAUUAUGAGAGUAUGAUUUUCACUGUUGAUAUCGUUGGUGCUCAAGCUCUAAUAUGCGAACAUUCGUUCGGAGAGAAGGGUCAUAAAUCCCCAUUGAAUCACAGAAAUAACGACCUGAAUCGUCUUUCUAACAUCGUUGGGGCCAUUGCAUCUAUCCUUAUGCCACCGGAACGGGAUGAUUGA